CUCCAACUAACCGGAGUAUUUAUCCAGUGAAGAAGAAGCACCAGCAGCCUGAUCGGUUUGAAGAAUGCCUUUCCAUUUCUGCCCCCAGUGUGGGACAAAGUUGCAGCCUGAUUUCAAAUUCUGUCCAUCCUGUGGGGAGAAGCUUCCCUCUCAUGUUGACAAAUCUGAUCAAGUGAGCUUGAGGCCGUCUUUAAGUCUCUCUCCACCCAAAAGGGAUGAAGCAGUAGUUAAAUCAAGCCUGGCUUCAAGCUUAAUAUGGGAGCCCAUGGAAAGUACAGUUACAACUCGUCCUGCACUGCAAAAGACUCGCAUCUCCCUUCGUCUAGACAAAGAAGUUAAACUCAACAUUAAAGAUGCAAUUCCACCUGUGGUGCCCUCCACUAGACAUGUUAGAGAUGGCAGGAUCAAAGAUAUUGGUGUUGGAUUGGCUGGAACUCCACCAAAACAGCCCCCAGGCCCCUUUAAGCUCGACACAGGGGCAGAGACCGCUUCAGAGUCUCCUCCUGUCCUGAAAUCCCCUCGACCAGUGAGGGGAAAGGCAAAACUCUCCAGCCCCGUUAAGCAGGUAGAAGAGAGAACAAGUCUGACUGAUAAAACAAGUAGGAAAGCGGAGGAAUCCGCGGUAGACGGCUCUCCUGUCGCCGUCUCUUCCCCUGUUGUUUCACCAAUCUCCAGUUCCCCGUUGAAAGCGACAGCAAAAAGUAAAGCCAAGAAGGCAAAGUAUGCGUCCGCUGUGGAGCCGCUACAGGAAGGUGAAGAAGUAACAGACACGACGGGCAAGAAGUGGAGGCUGGUGAAAUUGCUCAGUCAGAGCACGACAGAGCUCAUCUACGAAGUUUCGCAAACGAUUCCAAAAUCAAAUUCCAAGGAAUCAAAUGACAUCCUCAAACUGGGAGCUAAAGUUGGAAGAAUCUUCAAUGAGCAGAACUUUCUGCAAAGAGCCGCUAAACCUGCGUCAGUGACAAGUGGAUCAAAACAGAACAAGAUGGACUUGCUGGGGAUUCCUUCCUGUGUUGGCUUUGGUCUUCAUUUAGAGUCCUACAGGUUUCUGAUUUUCCCCAACAUGGGCCAAUCUCUCCAGUCUGUCAUGGAGGAAGAAGCAGAGCUUCUGUCUGAGAAAACUGUCCUUCAGCUCGCCUGUAGAAUAUUAGAUGUGCUGCAGUAUAUCCAUUCAAACGAGUACGUUCAUGCUGAUAUCAAUGCAGAAAAUAUUUACAUCAAAACAGGACAGAAGUCACAGGUAUACCUCGUAGGAUACUGCCAUGCCUUCAGGUACUGUCCAAGUGGACAACAUGUAGAGUACCGUGAAGCCAGCAGAACACCACAUGAGGGCACCAUGGAGUUCAUCAGCCUGGACACACAUAAGGGAGCAGCUCCGUCUCGACGCAGUGACCUGCAGUCUCUGGGUUACUGCAUGCUGCAUUGGCACACAGGGACGCUGCCGUGGACCCUCCUCACUGACCCGGACCAGGUAGCCAAUCAGAAACAGAGGUACAAUGAGGAUGUUCCUGCGUUGUUGAGUCACUGCUUUAAGAAGGGAGUUUCCAGUGCAUUUCAAACAUACCUGACUGAAGUGAUGGCUCUGCAGUACUCUGAGCAGCCGGACUACUCUGCGCUGAAGGCUGGACUCAGUGCGGCUUUGCUGCAGCUUGGAGGCUCACCCGGAGGCUGGUGCUCAGUACUUUAG